AUGAGUGAAAAAAGAUCUCUUCCCAUGGUUGAUGUGAAGAUCGAUGAUGAAGAUACUCCCCAAUUAGAAAAGAAGAUCAAGCGACAAUCAAUAGAUCACGGUGUUGGAAGUGAACCUGUUUCAACGAUAGAAAUUAUUCCUAGUGAUUCUUUUCGAAAGUAUAAUAGUCAAGGCUUCAAAGCAAAGGAUACAGAUUUAAUGGGUACGCAGUUAGAGUCUACUUUUGAACGAGAGCUAUCGCAAAUGGAACAUGAUAUUGCCGAUCAAGAGGAGCACGACCUGUCAUCAUUCGAACGUAAAAAGCUUCCAGCCGAUUUUGAUCCAAAUGUGUAUGAUAUUUCUUUCCAACAGAUUGAUGCUGAACAGAGCGUCCUGAAUGGUAUGAAAGAUGAAAAUACAUCCACCGUGGUAAGGUUUUUUGGUGUCACCAGCGAAGGCCACUCUGUACUUUGUAAUGUUACAGGAUUUAAAAACUAUCUGUACAUCCCUGCGCCCAAUUCUUCCGAUGCUGACGAUCAAGAGCAGAUUAAUAAGUUUGUUCACUACUUAAACGAGACAUUUGAUCAUUCCGUGGAUUCGAUUGAAGUUGUAUCUAAACAGUCUAUUUGGGGUUAUUCCGGAGAUAACAGAUUACCGUUUUGGAAAGUUUAUGUCACCUAUCCGCACAUGGUUAACAAAUUACGUACCGCAUUUGAGAGAGGCCACCUUUCUUUCAACUCUUGGUUCUCUAACGGUACGACAACUUAUGAUAAUAUCGCCUAUACUUUGAGGUUAAUGGUAGACUGUGGAAUCGUUGGUAUGUCCUGGAUAACAUUGCCAAAAGGAAAAUAUGCGAUGAUUGAACCAAAUAACAGAGUUUCCUCUUGUCAGUUGGAAGUUUCAAUCAAUUAUCGUAACCUAGUAGCGCACCCUGCUGAAGGCGAUUGGUCUCAUACGGCCCCAUUGCGUAUAAUGUCUUUUGAUAUCGAGUGUGCUGGUAGGAUUGGUGUUUUUCCGGAACCUGAAUAUGAUCCUGUCAUCCAAAUUGCCAACGUCGUAAGUAUUGCUGGCGCUAAGAAACCAUUCAUUCGUAAUGUUUUUACUCUAAAUACAUGCUCACCCAUAACAGGUUCAAUGAUUUUUUCGCAUGCCACAGAAGAGGAAAUGUUGAGCAAUUGGCGUAAUUUCAUCAUUAAAGCUGAUCCUGACGUUAUUAUCGGUUACAAUACCACAAAUUUCGAUAUACCCUACCUUUUAAACCGUGCAAAGGCGCUGAAGGUGAAUGAUUUCCCAUAUUUUGGGAGGCUGAAAAACGUUAAACAAGAAAUUAAAGAGUCUGUAUUCUCUUCGAAAGCUUAUGGUACCAGGGAAACCAAAAAUGUCAAUAUUGAUGGCCGAUUACAGUUGGAUCUUUUGCAAUUUAUCCAACGUGAGUACAAACUAAGAUCGUACACGUUGAAUGCAGUCUCGGCGCACUUUUUAGGUGAACAGAAGGAGGAUGUCCAUUACAGUAUCAUUUCUGAUCUACAAAACGGCGAUAGUGAAACAAGAAGAAGGUUGGCUGUCUACUGUUUGAAAGACGCUUAUUUACCUCUAAGACUCAUGGAAAAAUUAAUGGCCCUAGUUAAUUAUACUGAAAUGGCUCGUGUUACAGGUGUGCCGUUUUCAUAUUUACUAGCUCGUGGGCAGCAAAUCAAAGUUGUUUCCCAACUAUUUCGAAAAUGUUUGGAGAUUGAUACCGUGAUACCUAACAUGCAAUCUCAGGCCUCUGAUGAUCAAUAUGAAGGUGCCACUGUUAUUGAGCCUAUUCGUGGAUAUUAUGAUGUACCGAUUGCAACGUUAGAUUUCAAUUCUUUAUAUCCGAGUAUUAUGAUGGCGCACAACCUGUGUUAUACAACACUUUGUAAUAAAGCGACUGUAGAGAGGUUGAGUUUUAAAAUUGAUGAAGACUACGUCAUUACACCGAAUGGAGAUUAUUUUGUUACUGCAAAAAGGAGGCGUGGUAUAUUGCCAAUUAUUCUGGAUGAGUUGAUCAGCGCUAGAAAACGCGCUAAAAAAGACCUACGAGAUGAGAAGGAUCCAUUCAAAAGGGAUGUUUUAAAUGGUAGGCAGUUGGCUUUGAAGAUUUCAGCUAAUUCGGUCUACGGUUUUACGGGGGCUACGGUCGGUAAAUUGCCAUGUUUGGCCAUUUCUUCAUCUGUUACGGCUUAUGGUCGUACCAUGAUCCUAAAAACUAAAAACGCAGUUCAAGAAAAAUAUUGUAUCAAGAAUGGUUAUAAGCACGAUGCUGUUGUGGUCUACGGUGAUACUGAUUCUGUUAUGGUGAAGUUUGGUACAACAGAUCUAAAGGAAGCUAUGGAUCUUGGUACAGAAGCUGCCAAAUACGUUUCUACUUUAUUUAAGCACCCGAUUAACUUAGAAUUUGAAAAAGCAUACUUCCCGUACCUAUUGAUUAAUAAAAAACGUUAUGCAGGUUUGUUUUGGACUAAUCCUGACAAGUUUGAUAAGUUGGACCAAAAGGGCCUUGCUUCUGUUCGCCGUGAUUCAUGUUCCUUGGUUUCUAUUGUUAUGAACAAAGUUUUAAAGAAGAUUUUAAUUGAAAGAAAUGUAGAUGGUGCUUUGGCUUUUGUGAGAGAGACUAUAAAUGACAUUCUGCAUAAUAGAGUGGAUAUUUCUAAGUUAAUUAUAUCAAAGACAUUGGCACCAAAUUACACAAAUCCACAACCACACGCCGUUUUAGCCGAACGUAUGAAGAGGAGAGAGGGUGUCGGUCCAAAUGUUGGUGAUCGUGUGGACUAUGUCAUUAUAGGUGGGAAUGAUAAGCUUUACAAUAGAGCAGAAGAUCCAUUAUUUGUAUUAGAAAACAAUAUUCAAGUGGAUUCGCGCUAUUAUCUAACUAAUCAAUUACAAAAUCCAAUCAUUAGUAUUGUUGCACCUAUUAUUGGCGACAAACAGGCAAACGGUAUGUUCGUUGUGAAAUCCAUUAAAAUUAACACCGGCUCUCAAAAGGGGGGCUUGAUGAGUUUCAUCAAAAAAGUGGAAGCUUGUAAAAGUUGUAAAGGUCCAUUGAGGAAAGGUGAAGGUCCUCUUUGUUCAAACUGUUUAGCAAGGUCUGGGGAAUUAUACAUCAAAGCAUUAUACGAUGUCAGAGACUUGGAGGAAAAAUACUCAAGACUAUGGACACAAUGUCAAAGGUGCGCAGGUAACUUGCAUAGUGAAGUUUUGUGCUCAAAUAAAAAUUGUGACAUUUUUUAUAUGCGUGUUAAGGUUAAGAAAGAGCUGCAAGAGAAAGUAGAGCAAUUAAGCAAAUGGUAA